AUGGAUACUGUCUCAAACAAUGGCACUGCCGGCUGGGUAUCCGGGCCCAACACACGGGGAACGAUGGACAUUAUUUGGUCUUCUCUCUUGACAAUCUUUAUCUGUACUUGGACGGCAGUGUGUCUGAAUCUCCCUAACCCCAAAGACACUCAGUCUCAAAUCUUUUAUCGCCGGGCGAGGUGGAUGUUUUGGGCGAUUGUCUCCCCAGAGUUGGUACUUUCUGUUGCCAUCGGCCAAUAUGCCUCAGCGCGGCGAUCUGUGAAGCGGUUCCGCAAGCUGGGAAUGAAGGAAGACAGAUGGACUCUACGACACGGUUUCUAUGCCGACAUGGGCGGGAUGCUCCUUCAGCCUAGAAACAGCACGCCCUUUCUAGUCAACAGCCGUCAGCUGGCGUAUCUGGUCGAGAAGCAGUACUUGGAAUGCCCACAAAUUACACAGAGCGAGAUAUGGGACAAGUCAAAAACGGAUACGCUCGCCAGAUUUCUCAGCUUGGGGCAGGCUACUUGGCUGAUGAUCCAACUCUUUGGUCGUUUUAUUCUUAAGCUUCCAACCACUACGCUCGAGCUAUCCGCGGGUGCUAUUGUGAUUUGUACCUUCGGAACCUUUAUUUGUUGGAUGCACAAACCAAGUGAUGUGCACACCGGCAUUGUUCUUAGCAUGAAAGCUAGCACAGCCGAAAUUCUCCUUGAGGCUGGUGAUGUCGCCGCUACACCUUACCACCACACACCUCUCGAUUUCGUCGCCAAGCAGUCAUUCACUUGUGGUUACGACGUCAUGCGAUUCUUCGGUUUACGUUUUGAUGACUGCGAAAGGCCAUUGCGACGCUUUCCAAAUGACCGUUUCCCUGAUAUCGGGACGUUUGAAAAAUUCUCCCUGUUUUGUUUAACCUCGGCAUUUGCUUCCUUUCACCUUAUAGGGUGGUAUUUUGUCUUUCCCUCUCGGGUUGAGCAAAUUCUUUGGCGGAUAUCAAGCUCUAUUGUAACGGUUGCAACCGUGCUAUACUGGAUUUUCGAAACGAUUGCUGCUCGUCAGCGCUAUGGUAGGUGGGACAAAUACUUGGUCUGGCUGCGGAUGAAAAAGCCACCAUCGCAGCGACAAAUCGAUGCAGAGGCCACUCUGGCGCGUCAGGAUACUGUCAGUCGCUUGGACGCUUUUGAAAAAGAGCAAAGGGAGGCAAAACCUAUCUUACGUUGGGAAAUUAGUAUCAUUCUUCCAAUAAUCUUUCUGUAUGUUAGUGCCCGGGGAUAUAUGAUUGUCGAGGUGUUUGUCAGUUUGCGGCGGCUACCAAUUGGCGCCUUUACAACUUUUGAAGUUGCAGACAUUUUACCUCAUUGGUGA